UGGUGGUAGAUAGGAGAUGCUUGUUAGUCCUUCGGUUGCCGGGCUGUGGCAGAUAUAAUGUAGGGAAAGGCAGUGCAGCUGGCUCGUCUUCCCUCGGGCAAGCAGAGCAGGUAUUGCCGGGAUGAGAAAACGGAACGAGUCUGUUACUUUGGAGCAUGAGCGCUUCUCCUCUUCGGCGUCAGCUGCCGCUUCCGCUCCUUCCCAAGCCCCGCAGCUGGACAAGGGCUUCAGCCUAAGGUCGAGCCUGCGUCUGCCUGGCAGCGCCCACCCGGCUGGAGACUCCGGCAUGAAGCGGCCGCUUGGCAGGAGACAUGGAAUGUGGUUUCGGUUGCGGAAGCUAGUAAUCUGGUUGUUGGGAGUGUACAUAGCCAUUCCAUUUAUAGUAAAACUUUGUCCUGGUAUUCAGGCAAAGCUCAUCUUCCUAAAUUUUGUAAGGGCACCCUACUUCAUUGAUUUGAAAAGGCCCCAGGACCAAGGUUUAAACCACACCUGUAACUACUACCUACAGCCAGAGGAGGGUGUAACAAUUGGAGUCUGGCACACAGUUCCUACAGCUUUAUGGAAGGAUGCUCAAGGAAAGGACCAGCUGUGGUAUGAGGAUGCAUUGGGCUCUAAUAGCCCCGUAGUCCUGUACUUGCAUGGAAAUGGAGGUACCAGAGGAGGAGAGCACCGUGUGGAACUUUACAAGGUUCUUAGUUCUUUUGGUUUUCAUGUAGUCACAUUUGAUUAUCGAGGGUGGGGAGACUCAAUAGGCAGUCCUUCAGAGAGCGGACUGACUUAUGAUGCUCUUCAUGUUUUUGACUGGAUAAAAGCACGAAGUGGAGACAAUCCAGUUUAUAUAUGGGGGCACUCCUUGGGCACUGGAGUUGCAACCAACCUAGUAAGGCGUCUUUGUGAAAGAGAAACUCCUCCAGAUGCUCUCAUACUAGAAUCUCCUUUUACGAAUAUACGUGAGGAAGCAAGAAGCCAUCCCUUUUCAGUGAUAUAUAGGUACUUCCCAGGAUUUGAUUGGUUUUUCCUUGACCCGAUCACCUCUAGUGGAAUUAAAUUUGCAAAUGAUGAAAACGUGAAGCAUAUUUCAUGCUCUCUGCUUAUUCUUCAUGCUGAAGAUGAUCCAGUUGUGCCAUUUCAUCUUGGAAAGAAGCUGUACAACAUUGCUGCCCCAUCGCGGAGUUUCCGUGAUUAUAAAGUGCAGUUCAUUCCAUUUCACACAGACCUAGGCUACAGGCAUAAAUAUAUCUACAAGAGCCCAGAACUACCUCGAAUAUUGCGGGAAUUCCUGGGAAAAACUGAACAUGAGCAUCAUCGUCACUGAAGAGAUACCUGCAUGGUAGAGUUAAAAUUGUGUCACUUUAAAAAAAAAUGCCAUUUUUAAAACAAAGGCACUGGAUAAGUCCCAGAUUCUUGCUUCAGUCCCAUUACAUACCCGUGGAUACCCGGCCCUUGGGACAGUAGAUAUGAAGAGAGAGAAUAUAGCUGGCUUUUGUCUUUUCCAGUUUUUACUUUAAAGAACAAGGACAAGAGAACCAACUGCAUCUGAAUAAUGCAAGCACAAGAAAGAUAUGGCAAAAUUCCUGAAAGUUGUGAACUUUCCUACAAGUAUCCUGUACACUGCUUUAGAAGAAGAAAGCCUCUGAAAUGCAAAUAGGGUGUGAUUUAUCUACGAGUAUAUCUGUUAAUCAUUCAGUGGUACAUCUGUUGUACCUGUGCUACAGGCUCUUGGUAGAAUUUAGUUCAGUGAGUUUUGUUGUCAUUGAAGCAUUGAAUUGGGGAGUUCCUGAUGGGUUGUAUACUGGUUCUUAAAUUGGCUUGAGAAAUUUUUGAGAUCAAGAUGUUUGCAAGAAAACAUUUCAGAAUUAAAUGAAGGAUGUUUAAAAUGAGGCAACAACUUAAAGUGGAUAGAUUGUGAUAAAGUGUCCCGUUCUCUACUGCCUUGCUUUCAAGUUUCAAAGCUUUUUACCCUAUAUUGAUAAUAAGCAUCUUAAUUAUACUUCAUAUACAGACGCAUCCUCUUGGAGAUUAUUUCUCCUCAUCUUUAAAUGGUUUUUGUUAGAUAUACAGGUCUCAAGUGAUGUAAAAUAUAUUGAAUGCAAAUGGCAGUCAAUUAUUUUUUAGAACAGUUUCUUUUGUUUUGCUUCUUGCAAAGAGAAGGGAGGAUUUUAGCUCGAGUGUAGAAUGGUAAGAUUACUCAUUUUUCCACUGUGGUGAAGAUGUCUUCCAGUCUCCUCUAAUCACAGAGACAUAUACAAGCACUUUGGGAAUAAGAAAAAUUGGUCUCCAUCUUUAGUACUUACGGUUUUGCCUACAAAAAAUACGUUCCAUUUCCUAAAAAAUACUCAGGUGCAUAAGAGGUGAUCAGAAGUUUUUAGUUAUUCUAAAUACCAGAGAUUCAGCAUAAAAACAAAACCACCUAGUUUGAGUUCUUGUGUUUUUCAUUGGGAAUAAACAGCUUUCUGCUUUAGAUACACUCCAAACAGUGCAAAUAUUAUCAAAAGCCCCAAACUUCAUCCAAACCAACCAAAGGUAUUAAAAGCUAAACACUUUCUGCUAAUGAAACCUUAUUCUUUUUCCUUGAAACAACUUUAUUUUCUGCUUAAAUGUUGGAGACUGGCUUUGUUUUUGUCUUUUUUAUUAUUAUUUAAGAAAGAGAGAUGUACAAAGACUUCCUGACCAGCCUUGAAUGUUUUCCUCCUUUGGAACAGGUCAGGCACAAAAAAGAAAAGCAACUAUUUCCCAUUAGUUUAGAAAGCCAUCUUUCCUGUGCUCAAAGUUAGCAGACAGCUAAUGUACCUACUGAGUCUGACUCCUACUGAAUCUAGCUUUCUUGUUCCCCACCCUGAUUUGCCUUGGCUGAACUCCCGUACCUUAGAUUAACCAUGGGUCGGUCUCAUUGAAAGUGCUGGUGGUGACUCAUUCUGACACUUGUAAACUGGAUACCUUUGUGACAAGACUCUCCAGGCAUAGGGCAAGUGGCAUGAUUAUUCAAGCAAUAUUUAUAACUUUCCAGCUGGCCAGUGAUUUUUUUUUAAUUGCCCAUGUAAAUGUUUAAAUUGCCUAUAUAAAUUGGAAAAAUCUAGAUCACUUAAUGAUCUGUGGAGAUAGUGGAAAUUGAUGCAAAAGUAGAUUUUCAAUCACCCACUGUAUGUCUUCCAGGUUGCCAUCUUCCCCUCUGCCACAAAGCCAGACAUGAGUUCAUGAUACACUUCCAAUGCUGCUUUUAGGAUUUUGAGUCACCAUUCAUGCAGGCAUGGCAUGGCAGACAGUGGGAGGCAUUGUGAGCAGGAGCAAACGAUAUUAAUGAAUCAUGGUCAUUGUAUCUGUGGGCCCAAGCAGAUGAUUUUUCAUCAAUUCUAGAUUGUGGAAUUGGCCUUGAAAUGUGCCAUUCCUCAAGUGUACCAUAUCAAGCAUAGUAGUCUUAGAUACUUGUGUACAGAAGUGAAUUUUCCAGCCUUAAAUGUCUAGAGGGUGCUGUUUGCUAAUAGUGUUUCUAUACAGAAUACUUGGUUUCGCAUGCAUCAAAGUCUUAUCUUAGCAGAUUUGUUGUAAUCGCAAAGCAGACAGUAGCUUGUCCUUUGCUUCGAGGUUUCCUGCUGUAGUAAAGUGGACUAAGGUUUUAAGUCAUGAUAACAUCUGAGCUGAUUGUACCACUUAAAAUUCUGUCUCCCUCCCUCCCCCUUGUGCUUGUUUUCUGCAUUUAAAAGGACAAAAAUUCUUGACUUUUUGCUGAAACAAAGGUACAUUCCGUCUUAACGCUGCUGCUGCUGCUACCUUGGUGAUGAUAAAAGUGCAAACUGAUGUGGAAAUGUUAACUCCUCUGUGCAAAAAAAAAAUUAGAUUCCAAAGCAUGCACCAGUGCUGUUUAUUCCGACACAUGCCAAUUAUUAGGCCAGUAACAUGCAUUGAAAUGGAAAUGUUUACCUAAAAGUGCGUAGCUUUAUUAAAACAAAUGAAUUCUGA